UUCAUAAUGAAACUAUUAGUAUUUUUCUCACUGAUCGUUUGCGGGCAAAACUUCCAAUCGGUGGAGGGUUUACCCACGAAGUUUUCAAAAUCAUUACCAAAUUUCAAUAUCAGUGAUACAGCUCUUCAAGAUCCAGACAAAUCGAUGGAAAUCCCAAAGAUCACUCAUAAGCAAGCAGAGGUGAUCCUCGAUGAUCUUGGAUACGAAACUUCCGACAAUACAGCCGACGGCUUCCAGAUAGGCACCAGAUCUGGCUUUGAAGGUUCGGAACGAAUUCGGUCCUUCCAGCGGGACAACGGACUACCCGAAACUGGAAUUCUUGACGACGAAACCCAAAUGGCCAUUGGAUCGCCCAGAUGUGGCGUCAGAAGUGCGGACAAAAGCACAUCCUCCGAAGUGAUCCGCAAGUGGCACAAAUCUACGCUGACGUACAAGAUCGCAAACUACCCCAAGGGACAACCCCAGGACACGAUCCGAGCGUUGAUCAAGCGAUCAUUCCGCGAGUGGAGCAUGGUGACCAAUUUGGACUUUUUGGAGGUAGCGGACAGCGAUUCCGCGGACAUUGAGAUCUCUUUUGGCGGGAAGGAGCACAAGUUGCGAUCGGUGAGGUGUGCCUUUGACAAGCCUAAGACAUUGGCGCACGCGUUUCUGCCGACGCUGGGUGAUCUUCACUUCAAUACCAAGUACUUCUUCGAGGGGGAAAGGUCUUUGGGGGACUUUUUGGACACGGCACUGCACGAGAUUGGUCAUUCGCUGGGACUUGAUCACAUCAAUUCGGAGGCCUCGUUGAUGCAUCCCACGGCCAGUAAUCAGUUCACGAAGCCGCAACCAAUUGAUGUAGAGCACAUCCAAGCCCUGUACGGUGUUCGGAAUGGUUCGGGUACCUACCGCUCAGUGCCAAAAUUCUGCUCACUCCGGAAAAUCGACGCCAUUUUCGAGGAUGUCUUCGGUAAGAUCUACGCCUUCGCCGGGGACUUCUUUUACGAUCUUUCCGAUGAUGAUCCGGAAGGUCAGCUGAUCUCCAGCAAGUGGCCCGGACUGCCUGGUGGUAUCGAUGCGGCGUUCCAGUUCGGCAACGGGCGGAGUUACUUCUUCAAGGGGGACAAGUACUACCGGUUCAAGGGAAGUCGGAUGGAGCGAGCUCCACUGAGGUCUAUUGCUAAGGGAUUUCCGGGUCUGCCGAGCAACGUGGACGCGGUCAUGGUGGACGGAGAUGGGGACAUAUACGCGUUUAAGGGGAGCGAGUACUGGCUUUAUUUUGCGGACAUAAAGCGCGCGACAGGUCCCAGGGAUAUUGAAAAUUUGGGAAUAGUUCCGGAGAAUGUGGACGCGGUUGUCUUGAGGAGUGAUGGGAGAUUGAUGUCCUUUAAAGGAAGCAAUUACUACGAGUGGAAUAACACGGGAUUGUACGAACAGAAACAAAUUUGUGAUAGUUUGGAAGUGUGAGAUCAUAUUGUCAUGUCAACUUUUGAACUAAAAAUAAGUUGUAGUUAAAAGUAUUAAAUUCGUUAUUUAUGAUAAUAAGGAUAAAAGAAAUAAAAUAGACUUUUUCAAACUAUAUCAGUCGUCUUCCAAAUUAGUCCAGAUAAACACCUCCACAGCUCAUUAC